UUACGACCUCGACAUGAUCAAUCGAUUUCCGUGGCGACGUAUCCUCCCUACCAAGUCGCCCUCACUCGACAUAUAAGAAAUGGGGCUCUCCUCAGUCCUUCUUCUGAGAGCUACAUUCUUUCAUACAAGCAUCUAUGAUGAACCGGCUGGCAAUUGCACUGCUUGUUCUCGCUGUGAUAGUCUCCGAGAUUUCUUGCGCGCAAGCGGGCUUGGAUUAUGCACACCGAUACCACAAAAGACGUAGUAAUCUCUCGAGAAUGAAGAAGGCUACUUCUGCUGGGAAGAUCUCGCGGCGCGCAUGUCGCGUAAGGCCAUCAUCAGUCACCAAUCUGCCUUCUGUUCCUGCAACGCAGUCAAUCAGCGACUCCGGGCUGGUAUCGUAUGUGCCAAUCACCAUCUCAGAAACACCCAUUACCUCUUCCCUCCAACCAGCAGUCGCGAUCUCAACGACGCAGCCAGCUGUAGACGCCUCUGUGGUGUCGUCUUCAUCCGCUUCCCCACGGACGGCGCCGACCGUAGUCUCAUCAGCCGAGCCCGUAGCUGUAUCUUCUUUCACAUCCAGCGCGAACGAUACGCCUACCGCGUUGACCACCACUGCUGCUGCACUCUCAACCAUCAGUGUCACCUCGUCUUCCGCCUUCGUGGCGACCUUGGCGUCUUCCUCGGCGGCCGCAAUCACAUCCUCUGUAUCUUCCACGUCACCGAGCGACAUCGACCGGUAUCUGUCCGACCAGAAUACCGUUCGUGCCCAGCAUGGCGCUGUAGCCUUGACUUGGAACGACACGCUUGCCGCCGCGGCGCAGGAAUGGGCUAAUGGCUGCGUGUUCGAACACUCUGGCGGCACAUUGGGACCUUACGGGGAGAAUCUCGCUGCUGGUACGGGCAGUGGUUACGGAAUUGCAGCGGCCAUUCAGUCUUGGACCGACGAGGCCUCUCAAUACAACCCCAGUGACCCAGUUGCGUCGCAUUUUACUCAGGUUGUAUGGAAAGCAACCACGGAGGUCGGCUGUGGUAUGCAAGAGUGUAACGGGAUCUUCCCUGCUAGCUAUGGGCCUGCCCAGUACUACGUCUGCGAGUACUUUAUACAAGGAAACGUGGAAGGAGAGUUCAGCGAGAACGUGCAAAUGUGAGAUUGAGGAGAUACAGCAGCUUGUUUGAGCAGUUGUUAACACAGGGUGCAUGACCUGUUUUGUUCAUGAGAAUAUUUGAAAGAUGAUCAAACGAGAACCAUAGUUUGCUUAUGUUUUUAUCAAUGACAGU